AUGGCAAAAAAGGUCAUUUUCAAAUACCGUGUCUGUGCCCGCUUCCGUCUGAAGGCUGCCUCUGCACCGACCGCUCCGCUACCCGGUGACCGAGUCACGCCCAGUGCACCCUUUGAAACUGUGGGAGUGGACUUCGCCGGACCAUUGAUGGUGCGGGAUGGCAGAGAACUUGUAAAGGCGUAUAUCGCGUUGUUCAUGUGCGCGGUAACGCGGGCAGUGCAUUUUGAAUUGGUCUCCGACCUCACCGCCAGAUCGUUUCUCAUGGCAUUCCGGCGAUUUGCAACGCGUAGAGGACUGCCAAAGACUGUGUACUCGGAUAACGCGCUGACCUUCAAAAAAGAGUCGAGGGAUAUUGAAGAGCUACACAAGAACAUCUCACGUCGUGACGUACAAGAUUUCGUCGCCGUCGACCGUGUCAAAUGGAAAUUUAUAGUUGAGAAAGCAGCAUGGUGGGGCGGCUGGUGGGAACGUCUCGUACGCACAAUAAAGGAUUCUCUACGAAGAGUUCUAGGAAGACAGUUCUUGACGGUCGAGGAACUGAUGAUCGUACUCCACGAUGCUGAAGCCUGUAUAAAUUCGCGUCCAUUGACUUACUUGCACGCAUUACCGGAUGAACCGGCGGCACUGACACCGGCCCACCGUGACUAA